AUGGCUUCAAGGCCCUCUCCUUCGGGCACCAUUGUCGUCUCGGCACCCACAUACGCCCAGAAUGCACCUACACAAUCCGUCUCCCCUUCUCCUGGACCGGCUACCCAAGGCAACCAGCCCUCAUAUCCCACAUCAGUUCCUGCGAACCAGAGUCACGCCGCCACCGCCAGUCUUUACCAGUGUGCGCAUUGUCAAAGACGUUAUUCUCGGCCUGAGCAUCUUGCGCGACACAUUCAGACCCAUACCCUUGGCAAGCGCUUCUCAUGCCAGAUUUGUGGAAAGGCGUUUGCCCGCCAGGAUUUGCUCAAGCGCCAUGUCACUAAUCACGAGAACGACAAUGACCCCAAUAAGAAGCGGCGCCGGACCGACACCUCUCCUGGUGCUGGUCGCGUCUCUCACGCCUGCCGACCUUGUGCUACGGCUCGUGUAAAGUGCGAAGAGGUCAAGCCUUGCACUCGUUGUCGCAACCGCAACUUGAACUGCGAGUACUCCUCCACAGAAGCUGGAUCUGCCGCUGCCAUGCACCUUCUUCACCUGUCUGGAAACCCCAACCAGACAACAUCCACUCCGGGGUCGUUAGCAACAUCUCCCUCCCAGUCCGCCUACGACAGCAGUCCGUCCGCAGUGUACCAGCAACCUCCCCAGCAACAUCAUGGCGGUUUACAGCCAUCAGCCAUGAACGGCCAGCUUACUCCAGGACACCACAUCAAGUCCGAAGGCGGCCAGCUACCAACCCCGGAUAAUGGGAUGGAACAGAUGCCGAACGCCAUGCCUGUCAACUACGAAAUAGGGGGGCAGAAUGUCGACAUGGCCAUGCCCUUCUCCGAUUUCCUCCAGAACGUCAUUUACGAGCCCGAAAUGGACGCGUCGAGGAUGGCCGAGGCACAAGGCCUCGCAGUCCUUGACUUUUGCGACAACUCGAACCUCGAACUAAACGAAGUGGACUUUGGCCUUUUGGACCAUUGGAACAUGGACAACAUGAAUGCUGGGUCGAACCAGAGCUUUACGCCUCGAACCGACGACUCCGUCGACCUGGUGCAGAUGCGACAAACCCUGGUCAAGGUCUGGACCGACUCUCCGUGGCAAUGGGCGCCGAACAACAAGGACUCCGGUUACGUCGAGCACGGCAACUUCUCUGUACCCUCCGGCGAUACAAGCAGCGCGGCCUUCCAGCAAAGCCGCACCAAGCACGCGAGAAUCGUCAAGGACAAGCUGGACCAAUCAGGUCGCGACCAGAUUCUGGCAAUCGUUCUGCAGACCUGCAAGAACGACACCAUCAUGACCAGAGUAGCCUCGUCAUUUCCUUCGCUCGAGGUUAUGGACAGUCUGAUUCACAUCUACUUGGCGUCGCACUUUUGCCAGACGUCACAAUGGAUACACCACGGCUCCUUUUCCAUGAACACGCAAUGGCCGGAGUGGCUCGCGGUUGCAGCCUCAGCUGGAGCUACUCUGACUCCAGUGCAAACCUUGCGCAAGUUUGGGUUCGCUCUUCAAGAGGCGGUCCGAGUCACCAUUCCCGCAAGGUUCGAAGAUGCCAACACGACGAUCAAAAACCUGGGCCUGGUCCAGACCCUAAUCAUGGGUCAAGACAUUGGUCUCUGGAGCGGGAACCGACGCAAGAUGGAGAUUGCCGAGUGCCACCUCCUGAUUCCGAUCACGAUGAUGAGGUAUCGGGGCAAGUUCCAGCGAGCAUCGUACCCCCUGGUCGAAGUCAAUAUGUCCGAUGAGGGUGAGGUUUUGGAGAAGAAGUGGAGGACCUGGUGCGAGCGUGAGUCGUGGAAGAGACUACUAUUCCACUGCUUCGUGCGAGACGCUCAGACCUCCAUGACCACCCUCACCAACCCCUCGAUGUCGUAUUCGGAGCUCACGCUUCCCCUCCCUGAGGCCAAGGAGCUGUGGUUUGCGAAGACGGCUGCCGAAUGGAAGAUGCACUACCUGGAGAGAACUUCUGGACAAUCCAAGCGACCUCCUUCCCUUGCAGACCUAUUCCGCGAUAUCAACCUGCUGGCCACGAACCGACAACGACUGGAUUUGCAAUAUGCAAUCUCGAUAUACUUGCACGGCUAUUGGGCGCUCAUCCUUGAAUACCUCCAGCUCUGUUCCGUCUUGCGCACCCGGACUUGGCUGAACAACACUGGAGGUAAAUCGGAGGAGGUGCUGCGCUCGAGGCAUGCCGAGCUCUGCAAGGACCUGCAGAGUUUCCUGCUGGUCACGUCGGACUGGCAUGAGAUGCUCUCCACCCAGGAGAGCUUGGUUCUUCACCUCUUGAUGAUGAAUCUUCACCUGUCGCUGAAUGACCUGCAGCUGUUCUCCGGCAAGGAGGGCGAGGAUCAGGCACGUCGGGUCUUUGGCGACUUGCGAGAAUGGUCGCAAAGUGCGGAGGCUCGCCAGUCGUUGUGGCACGCGGGCCAGAUCCUACGCCAGGCCAAGAUGUUCCCCCCUGGUCACCUGAAGGACUUUUACGCCGUCGCGGUCCAUCAUGCGGCUCUUGCGAUUUGGACGUACGGCGUGGUUACCAAGACGAGCGGUAACAAGCCAACGCCUCAGCCCGGGUAUGAGCAGGAGAAUAUCUUCCUAGAUGGCACUGAGUCGAACCUGGUGCACCGCUUCAUCGGCUUCAACCAAGGCCGCCCGGUGAUUCUGGGCCCCAUGAGCAGAGCCGGCGCGACGGAGGCUUCAGUCGACGACCCCAAGGCAUGCAUGGAAGUAGCCCAGGAAAUCCUCCGGGCGAACUUCCGCGACUCGACGGACACGAACCCGCCCAUUGUUGAAAACCUUUGUCUUCUGAUCAAGCAGCUGGGGCACGCUGCUUGGGCCGUCGGCAUGUCAUGA